AUGGCUCCCUUGAGAGUAGGAUACGUGCGCGAGCAUUUCUCGUCGCCUUUACUGCAGUUUGCCGCCGAUGAUCAAGGGUCCACUUUUACCUUGGUUGAAUGUCCCAGUGGUACAGGUCAGCUAAUUGGUCGAUUGACCAACGAUGAGAUAGAUAUCGCGAUAGCCCUCACGGAUCCAUUGAUUUCUGGGAUCGCAAAGGGCAAUAAGGCUUACAAGUUGGUCGGGAGUUAUGUCUCAACGCCUUUGAACUGGGCUGUAAUCACUGGCAAAGACACCAAGUAUGCCAGCAUUGCCGAUUUGAAGGGGACAACUCUAGGCAUCUCCAGGCCAGGUAGCGGUAGCCAGACAAUGGCCUAUGUAAUGGCCCUCCAACAAGGCUGGGCUACCCACGAUAUUGAUUUCAAAGUGAACAACGACAUCCAUGGCCUAAUCCAGUCGGUCAAUGACGGGUCCACCAGUGCUUUUAUGUGGGAGUGGUUCACCACCAAGCCAUGGGUAGACCGCGAUGAAGCCCGAUUCAUCGGCUCAGUCCCCACACCCUGGCCGUCUUGGCUGAUCGCAGCACACCCAGAGAGAGCCCCAGCCUCCCAACUAUCCCAAUUCCUAGACAAGUUAAGCACCUACGUGCGCAGCUUCGAUUCCCCUGAGAAGCGGUCAAAAGAGGACAUCGAGUUCAUUAAGACCCACUUUGGGUACGCUGAAGAAGAUAUAAAGGCAUGGCUCAACACGGUUGGCUAUCCUCAGUCUUGCAGUGAGAUCCCAAGGAAAGUAAUACAGGAUACGAUAAGUACACUGGAGAAAGCGGGCGUGAUCGAAGCUCCCGAAUCAGGAUUCAACGUCGCUGACUUCGUUAACGAGACAGUCGUCACCUUGACUUGA